CACACACACACACACUCUCCAACUAGUGUUUUUGAUCCAAUCUAUGAGUUGGGCACUUGAAUGGACACAUUAAUUCAUUACAUAUGUAUAUCAUUUUGACAAUACUACUAUAAAUUUUUUUUUUUCUUCUUUAUCCAUUCAUGGCUCCAACUCUCACCUCCAAUGCAUUCCUCCCACACACUACCCCCAAUUCAAGGUUGACCCUCAAGAACCCAAGGCUCACCGUGUUUGCCAAAAGGGCUGGAUCCUUCCCAUCAUUUCAGUUCGGAAAGCGGUCCGGUGUCGACGAUUCAUCGGAGCAAAGCCAAGCUAAUGAAUCCACCAAUUCCAACCCUUUCUUUAAUUUUGGUAAGGUGACGGAUGUGAAGGCUUUGAUCCCAGUUGUGACGAAGCCGUCUUCGGGGCUGUUGUUCAGGCGUAAAGACCCCGGCACGGUGUUUGUUGCCGGAGCAACCGGGCAGGCAGGCGUUCGCAUUGCUCAAACACUGUUGCGUGAGGGUUUUAGCGUUAGGGCGGGUGUGCCGGAGCUUGGUGCUGCCCAGGAACUGGCUGUUCUUGCCGCCAAAUACAAGAUAAUUUCCAAUGAAGAAUCAAAUCGUCUCAACGCGGUUGAAUCCACCUUCCAAGAUGCAGAAUCAAUAGCAAGAGCAAUUGGAAACGCUAGCAAAGUGGUGGUCACAAUUGGACCUUUUGAAAACGGUCCCACCACUGAAGUCACCACAUCGGACGCUCUACAAGUCAUCGAGGCCGCACAGCUGGCAGGUGUCGGCCACGUGGCGAUCGUCUACGAUGGGUCAAUCAUGACAGCCUCCACUUACAACGUCAUAGACGGAAUCUCAACUUUCUUUGGCAACCUGUUCUCGCGAUCACAGCCGUUGACAAUGAUCGAGUUUCUUCAAAAGGUCGUCGAGACGGACGUCAGCUACACACUCAUCAAGACACGGUUAACAGAGGAUUUUUCCCCUGAGAGUUCGUACAACGUCGUCGUCUCGGCUGAAGGAAGUGUCGCAACAAACGACUACAAAGUACCCAAGUCGAAGAUAGCGUCACUUGUGGCAAAUGUUUUCUCCAACACAGCAGUGGCAGAAAAUAAGGUUGUGGAAGUUUUUACUGAUCCAUCAGCCCCAUCAAAGUCUGUGGGUGAACUUUUUAGAGCCAUUCCUGAGGAUGGGAGAAGAAAAGCUUAUGCAGAAGCUCUUGCCAAGGCAAAAGCGGAGGAAGAAGCUAUAAAAGCCAGUGAGAAGGCUCGUGAAGCAGCCAAUGCAACAAAGAAGCUCGAACAAGAGGUGAAAAAGCUCGAACAGCAAGAAGCUCGGGCUGCCACUCUCGCGGAGGAGGCAGAAGAGAAGGCGGUAGCUGCUGGAGCUUCAGUGGAAAGCCUCUUGAACAAAGCAAAAGACUUAAGUUCAGGACUGUCUUGGGAGAAGUUCAGCUCACAGCUUUCGGAAGCAGUUCAGAAUAAUAAGCCGAGCGACGAGAAACCGAAAGUGCAGGUUGCCACGGUCAGGGGACAGGCGAAGGCUCGGACUCUGCCACCCAAGAAAGCAGUCAUCAAGCAACCGUCCUUCAGCUUCAAGCCUCCUGCUCUGAAACCAAAAGCAGAGCCGAAGCCGAAGCCAAAGCCAAAAGCCACACAAACAGAGUCCACUAAAGAAGUGAGGAAGCUUUUUGGAGGUCUGUUUGAGCAAGAAACCAUCUAUGUGGACGAUGAGUGAAAAGAUAUCGCGUCACUUUUGUGAAUUAGAGUUCGUAUUGUUGAUGUUAUUAGGGUGGGAUUAAUGAGUCUCAGCAAGAAAUGUGUACAUUCUUGCAUACUAGCUCUAUUCUUUUUCUUUUUCCUCCCCCAAUUGAAAAUGAGCAUCUAUUUAGUCCAGACUUUUUUUUCUCAAA